GUACAUUACAUUAUUAUCUUUUUUUUUGUUUUGUUUUGUUUUCUCUUUUCUCUCUCUUUCUCCCUAUAUAUAUACAUAUAUAUAUAUAUAUUUUUUAAAAAAAAAUUAUUUUUUCUUGGAAAGGUCUUGCUAUGACAAACAUAACUUAUUUUUUAAAUGGUAAAGAUGCUUCUGUAAAGGUUGCACAAGCUUUGAGUCAACAUAUUUAUACUUAUCAUACUAUAAAUGAAUGCAUUGAAAGUAAUGUUUGGGGUAAACCGCCUACUUUGAUACAACAACAAGAUAUGAUCUUUCAAUAUGGUGUUCAUACUUCAGCAUUUGUGUCUUCUGAUGCUUUAAUUCCAGCCAUUCCACAACUUUACAAGCAUAUUCAUGAAGGUAUUGUAUUCCAUGUCACGGCUGAAACCUCCUCUUCUUCUUCUUCUUCUUCAUUUGCAGACUUUUCUCAAGUGAUGGCUGUACGUCAGUGUGGAUGGACUCUUUUAUCUUCCUCAACCGUUCAAGAAGCCCAUGAUUUGGCCAUCAUUGCUCAUGUUAUCGCUAUCAAGACACAUACACCUGUUUUACAUUUCUUUGAUUCAAAGCGUAUCGCAAAUGAAUAUGCAACUAUUCAAUCAGUAGAUCAGCAGGUACUUUCUCAGCUCGUCACAUCUGAGGAUAUGCAACAAUUUCAACAUAAAUCAUCCGUCUACAAUUUAAGUAAACAGCAACAGGUAGAUAUGUAUAGUGUAGUUAGAGAGGUGAUGAAGCAAUUUGAGUCAUUAACAGGUCGUUCUUAUUCUCCUUUGGAAUAUACGGGUCAUCCUGAAGCUGAAUACGGGAUCGUUGCUAUGGGCGCAGGUGCUACUGUGGUCGAAAGGACGGUGAUAGAAAGUUCUCAUGACAAGAAGAUAGGCGUCUUAAAGGUUAGACUUUAUAGACCUUGGUCUGAUGCUGACUUUUUGAAUCACUUACCUUCCACUAUCAAACGACUUGCCAUUCUAGAACCAUCUCAAGAUUUUACUUCUACUUGGAAUCCACUCUUCUUAGAUAUCGUAGCUACUUAUCAAUCAGUUCAAAAUGAUGAUAUUGAAAUCAUCAGUGGUCAAUAUGGUCUUGAUGCUCAGGACUUCUCCCCUACUCAUGUUCAUUCUGUCUUUGCCGAAUUAAUGAAAGAGGACUUUAAACGCAAGUUUAUUGUGAACCCAGAAGAAGUGGAUACUGUCAAUAUAAUCCCCUCUGAUGUUGAGCAGUUGAUUAUUGUGGGAGAUGAAGGAUUAGCUUUGAGCUAUGCUCAAAAAGCAGUCAAUGCCGGUAAGAAUGCUCAAGUCUAUACAGUGGAUGAAUGCUCUCAUGUACGUAUUGCAUCUACACCUGGUAUAUUAAUACCCUCAUUGAUAAAUGGUGGUGCUCAGCUUAUUCUAUUCCAAAAGGCAAAUGUGGAUGCACCUAAUGCAAUCAAAACUCUUGAUAGCAGCACGGGUGUUGUUGUCCUUGAUGAAUCCGUUCAAAAUCUUGAUCAAGUCGUCUUGACACAAGCUACAAAGCAAGCUAUUGGUCUAACAAAAGCAAGAGUUAUGUCUGUACGAAACAUAAAGGAUCUUAUCAAUGAUGGUAUCUCUCAUCUCGUGGCUAAAGCUAAUUUUCUUACUACACCUCAAGAUUGGGAACACUUACCUCUUCUUCCUUCUAUCCCUGCAGAAGAAAUAUCUCCCAUUAUCAGUACCCCUAUCGAGACACCUUAUCUGAAAAUGCUAGAUCAAAUUUUCCAAAAUCGUCUUGAAAUUGCCAAUGCUAUCCACAGUGCCUCUAUUUGGUCUCCUGAAGGAAAUACAUCUUCAACGCCCGAAUUUGGUUAUGGUAAGAUCCUUAAUAGGAUUCAACAACGUGCCCGUUUUAUUGACCUGAUUGAAUCUUUGGUGAAGGAAGAUGAUAAGGUCCCCAAAGAGCUUUAUAAACCUUUAACUCAAUGGCUUGUAGCUACUCGAUCUUCUGAUGCCAAGACAAUUAACAGGGCCGCUGAAGCCGUCACCUCUGUCAACACAUUAGACAUCAUUCAUGAAAACAAAGAUUUAUUGUUUGUUAAAUCCAAUUGGUUGAUUGGUUCUGAUAGUUGGGCUUACGACCUUGGACAAUCGGGUGUUCAUCAUGUUAUUUCACAAGGAGAGAAUGUCAAUCUGUUGAUUAUCGAUACUUUACCUCAUUCAAUUCAACAUCAUGAACAACAACAACAACGAAAGAAGGAUAUUGGUCUUUAUGCAAUGAAUUUUGGCAAGGUCUAUGUUGCUUCAGUAGCUCUGUAUGCAUCUUAUACAGGAGUCUUGAAUGCCCUUAUGGAAGCAGAUGCUUAUCCUGGUCCCUCUGUUAUCUUGGCUUAUUUACCUAAGCAAGAUGAAAUGAAUUUAGAUCCUAUCUUUACCUUGAAGGAAACUAAAAUUUCUGUUGAUAAUGGUGCUUGGCCACUUUAUCGUUGGAAUCCUGCUCUAGAGUCGAAAGGGAAAGAUCCAUUUUCAUUAGAUUCUCAACGUAUCAAAAAGGAACUUGAAAAAUUUUUAGAACGUGAAAACCAUUUCUCUCAAAUCGUCGCUACUCAUCCUGAUAUUUCUGAAGUACUCGUUAGCUCAUUAGAAAAGGACGUUGGAAAGAGACAUAGAGAAUUAAAAAAUAAGGCUCGUGAAGAUUAUGCUAACUUGUUAUCUGGUAUGAGUGUAGCUAAUGGCCCUCCCUUAACUAUCUUGUUUGGUUCUGAUAAUGGUAAUGCAGAAGCUGUAGCCAAGAGAAUAGCUCAUCGUGCAAAAUCUAGAGGAUUGAAGGUCAAAUGGAUGGCCAUGGAUGACUAUGAGGAUGUAAAUGAGUUGGGUAAUGAAACAAAUCUAGUUAUUAUUUGUUCUACCGCUGGACAAGGUGAACUACCAUCAAAUGGUCGUGAAUUUUGGAAGUCUCUUAAUUCGCUCAUCAUGGGUGAUGUUGACUUUUCUCAAUUAAAUUAUGCUGUCUUUGGUUUAGGUGACAGUCACUACUGGCCUCGUGAGGAAGAUGCUAUGUUUUAUAAUAAACCUGGUAAACUGUUGGAUGCUAAGCUUGAGUCUUUAGGUGCCAAUCGUCUAGUUGAGUUGGGUUUAGGUGAUGAUCAAGAUGAAGAUGGGUUUGAAACUGGAUUCACUGCUUGGCAACCUGAAUUUUGGAAGUCAUUAGGUAUUAAGGAUAAUCUAGCUGGAGAAGAGGAUGAGCCAAAGAUGACAGAUGAUCAAAUGAAACUUGAUUCCAACUUUCUUCGUGGCACAAUUGCUCAAGAUCUUUUAGACGAAUCUACAGGUGCCAUUAGUAGUGAAACGAACGGUAAAUUACUCAAGUUUCACGGUUCCUAUGGACAAGAUGAUCGAGAUAUUAGAGAAGAACGUAAAAAGAUGGGACUAGAGAAGGCAUAUAGCUUUAUGAUUCGUGUUCGUAUGCCUGGUGGUGUUGCUACACCUCAACAAUGGCUUAUGAUGGAUAAAUUAGCGGAUACAUAUGCAAAUGGAGCAAUCAAGCUCACCACGCGUCAAGCCUUUCAACUUCAUGGUGUCCUUAAAAGGAACCUUCGCACAACCAUUCGUAGUAUUAAUCAUAGUCUUCUUUCUACUUUGGCUGCAUGUGGUGAUGUGAAUCGUAAUAUCAUGAUUACACCUAUCACUGAAAUUCCUGAAAUUCAUGAUCAAGUGCAAGACUUUGGUAAUCGUAUUAUGUCAUCUUUAGCCCCCAAGACAAAUGCUUAUCAUGAGAUUUGGUUAGCUGACGAACAAGUUGCAGGUAAUGCUGUUCAAGACUUUGAGCCCAUCUAUGGUCCUACCUAUUUGCCUCGUAAAUUUAAGAUUGUCAUUGCAGUGCCUCCCAACAAUGAUGUCGAUAUCUUUGCUCAUGAUUUAGGUUAUAUUGCUAUUGUAAAUGAAAGGAAAGAGGUAGUAGGCUAUAACGUCACGAUAGGUGGAGGGAUGGGCAUGACUCAUGGUAACAAAAAGACCUAUCCUCGUCCUGCAAGCCUGAUUGGGUAUAUUCCUGCUGAUUUGGGAGUUAUCUGUGCUGAAGCAGUAGUGACGACACAAAGAGAUUACGGCGAUCGUACAAAUCGCAAACAUGCUCGUUUCAAAUAUACAAUCGAUACAUAUGGUUUAGAUUUUAUCAAGAAUGAAAUAGAAACCCGUAUGGGUGCUCAAUUUGAAGACCCUAAACCGUUUGAAUUCAAGGACAAUGCAGACCGAUAUGGGUGGACAAAAGGUGUAGAUGAUAAAUGGCAUUUUUGUAUGUUUAUUGAAAAUGGUAAAGUGAAGGACUGGCCUGAUUUCCAACCUAAAUCUGGACUUUGUCAGCUUGCUCAAUGGCAUAAAGGUGAAUUUCGACUGACACCUAACCAACAUCUUAUCAUUGCCAAUGUUCCUGAAGCUGAUCUUGACAAGACAAAGGCUUUACUUGCAAAAUACAAGAUGGAUAAUCUAGCCUUUACAGGCCUUCGAUUGAAUGCGAUGGCCUGUGUUGCUUUACCGACAUGUGGGCUUGCGAUGGCUGAAUCAGAACGCUAUUUGCCUACUUUGGUCAAACACCUUGAAAACGCAAUCGAAGCAGCUGGUCUAAAAGAAGAUGCAAUUACGAUUCGUAUGACUGGCUGUCCUAAUGGUUGUGCACGUCCUUAUCUUGCCGAAAUUGCUUUUGUUGGUAAGGCACCAAAUACAUACAAUGUUUAUUUGGGUGGUGGUCAUGGAGGUGAACGUCUUAACAAGUUAUACAAAGAAAGUUUACGUGAAGAAGAGAUUUUAAAAGAAUUGAAUCCUAUUAUCAAACGCUAUGCACUAGAACGUCAUGAUGGUGAGCCCUUUGGUGAUUUUGUGAUUCGUGCAGGCUAUGUUCAUCAGACGAUAACAGGUACUGACUUUCAUGAAAAUUUAAAGCUUUGAAAAUAUCAUAAG